AUGUUAAAUGCAAAUGGAGACCAAAACACGGAAGAUACUUUAGACGAUGAUAGCAAAAUAAUUGUGGUGUCAGAUAAGACGGACUCCUCCGGUGGUGACACAAAAAAGAAGAAAAAGAAAAAUAAACAGAAGAAAAAGAGAAGCGAGAGUAGCAGAAAGUACUCCACGGAUAAGAGCAUCAUAAAUCUCACAAAAAGCGUGAAGGACGAAAUAGUACAGGAAACGUCAACAGCGGAUAAAACAAGCAAGGCAACGAAUGAUGAGACCACCGCAGGGUAUAGUGACGCGUACAGUGGCGAGUACGCCACUGAGCACACGGGACAGCAGAACAACGCCGAGGAAAUCUUCACUAUACAAAAUAACCGGAGCAAAUUUGUCCGUCUGUUACCUGUAUUUUUUAUUUUCCUUGUUUUAUUCGUCAUAUACCUCAUAUAUGUAAUGUACCACUGCCUUCCACUUAUAUUGAGAAGCCACAGGAAGGUGUACGUCAAUUACGACUUGAAGAGAGGAAUCACCGAAGUAGCCAUUUUCCACGUCAUCCUGAUCAUGUACCUCGUGAAUUAUGUGCUGUCCAUAGUAGUCCCCCCUGGAUCCAUUCCAAACACCGAUGAAUGGGAAAUUAAAGAUCACCAAGAGAAUUACGCAGACCAUAUGGAUAAUUACUUAUUGGAGAAAAAAAAAACGGGGGAAAGGCGGUAUUGCAAAUGGUGUUGCAAAUUCAAACCUGAUAGGACUCAUCAUUGUCGAGUUUGCAAAAAGUGCAUUUUAAAAAUGGACCACCAUUGUCCGUGGAUAUAUAACUGUGUUGGGUACAAUAAUCACAAGUACUUUAUGCUUUCCUUAAUUUAUUGUUGUGUGACUACUGUUUUUGUGUCGAUAACGAUGUUCAAUUCGGUUAGGGAUGCCAUAAGUCACAAGGAGACCCCAUUUAACGAGUUGUUUUUGCUACUCUUCGGAGAAACCCUGAAUUCGUUCCUCGCCCUCAUCAUCACUUGUUUUUUAUUUUUUCAUAUCUGGCUCAUGUUUAAGGCCAUGACGACCAUCGAAUUUUGCGAGAAGCAGACGAAUUACCAAAAUCAGUCUUACUCGAAAUACUAUAACAAAGGUAUGUACCAGAAUUUCAAGGACGUUUUCGGCGAAUCCCCCUUCUUUUGGUUCCUGCCAAUAGACAACAGAAAAGGCGACGGAAUAAAUUUCAUAAAGUGCUACAGUAAGGACUACAGCGAGAAGACGUCAGAAGAAACGAUCCCGAUAAAAUAUAGCUGCUAA